GUAGAAAGCAACGUGCGACUUGAAGGACACGAUCCGUUGUGGAUUUGUACAUCCACCAUUUUAUGUAGGAAUGAAGGUGCUCUUGGCUCGACAUCAUUGGUAAUGUAAAGAGUCCAUGAUGGAGCUCGAGUAGAAAGUAUUAAUUUAUUUCUCGGGGCAAAGGUCUAGGGUUAAUGCCAAUCAAUAAAAAAUUGGAACAACUUCGUAAAUAUAUCUUCGGUAUGGAAAUCUAAAGAAUCCAAUUCGAGCAAGUUUUCAAUUCCAAAAUUUCUUGGAAUUGAUCAAACUUUUUCGAUCCAAAGUGUUUCACGCGGGAAUCCAUCGUCUGUAGGAUUCUUUCAUAGAAAUCGCAAAAAGGGUAUGUUGCUGCCAUUUUGAAAGGAUUAAAAAGCACCGAAGUAAUGUCUAAACCCAAUGAUUAAAAAUAAAAGAAAGAUAAAGGAUCCCAGAACAAGGAAACACCUUUUUAAUUGUCUUAAUAACUGGAUCAGACUGAAGAAUCCAAAUCGAUUUUAAACGAGACAAACAAAAAAGGGGGAAAGACCGCUCAAUAAAUGAAAUUGCCGAAAGAUUUUUCUUUGAACUGUUUGAAAGUUAUCCAACUUGAGUUAUGAGAGUACGAAUGGUUUCUUUUUCAUUUUCAGGAAGAAAGAAGAAAAAAAAGACUAACAUCUUUAAUUGAUUUGAUCAUUUUAUGGACCCAGUUGUCAUUUCUUAGAUAGAAUUCCAUACAGAGACAAAACCUCGAAUCAAUCAUUUUUCUCGAGCCGUACGAGGAGAAAGCUUCCUAUACGUUUCUAGGGGGGGUGUUGUUCAUCUACAUCUAUCCCAAUGAGCCGUCUAUCGAAUCGUUGCAAUUGAUGUUCGAUCCCGAAGAGAAGGAAAAGAUCUUCGUAAAGUGGGUUUUUAUGAUCCGAUAAAGAAUCAAACUUAUUUAAAUGUUCCUGCUAUUUUAUAUUUCCUUGAAAAAGGGGCUCAACCUACAGGAACUGUUCAGGAUAUUUUAAAGAAGGCGGAAGUUUUUAAGGAACUUCAUCCUAAUCAACCGAAAUUCAAUUAAGGAAAUAAAUUAAGGAAAUACAAAAAAGGGGGUAGUGAUUUGUAUAUAACUUUGUAUGACUUUUCUCUUCUAUUUUUUUGUAUUUCCUCCCUUUCCUUUUCUAUUUGUAUUUAUUUCUCAUUGCUUCCAUUGAAUUCCGUGUUCUAUAACGACAAAACCUCUUAUUUUAUUGAUCUUCUAAAUCUAAAAUUCGGGCAUUUCCUUCAAUUGGGUGGUUUUUGGAACUCUACUAAAACGAAGAAAGAAAUCAAGUUUGCUUAUCUCACUUAACUUGAUUGAAUCCAUUAUGGAUUCAAUAAAUCUAAGUAAAUUGUAGUUUUGUUUUCCACUUAGUCUUUAUUUAUUCUCCCAUCUAUACUUUUUUGUAUCUAUUUUAUUUGGAUUAGAUUUGUAGUGCCAAUCCAACACAAGUCCUUUUUUUAAUAUUUUUUAUUGUUUUCAAUUGAAAUUUCUUUUGCUUUUUUUUUUCUUUUCAAUAUUCAAUAUUUAUAUUGACAACAGUGUAUCGAACAAAUAUAAUUCAUUGUGAUAAAUGAAGUGGAUCUAUUUAGUUUUAUUUUAUGUUUUAAAUUAAUUAGAAAGUGUGAAUGUAUUUUUUUAGAUUUCUUCUUUCAAUGGUUUUUGGUUGUCUUGUCUAAUCUCUUUAUUUCUUUUUCUUCGGAUUGGAUCUACACAAUUUUUUCGAUAUUUUCUUCGGGUUGCUAACUCAACGGUAGAGUAUUCGGCUUUUAAGUGCGGCUAGUGUCUUUUACACAUAUGGAUGAAGUGAGGGAUUCGUCCAUACUCUCGGUAAAGUUUGGAAGACCACGACUGAUCCUGAAAGGGAAUGAAUGGUAAAAAUAGCAUGUCGUAUCAACGGAAAGUUCUGAAAAAAUUUCAUUGUUCCUAGAUGGGUAUAAAACCGUGUUAGAAUUCUUGGAACGGAACAAAAUAAAGUUGGGUCGAAUGAAUAAAUGGAUAGGGCUGCGGCUUCAAUUAAAUUAUAGGGAAAGAAAAAGCAACGAGCUUUUGUUCUUAAUUUGAAUGAUUCCCGAUCUAAUUAGACGUUAAAAAUUUAUUAGUGCCUGAUGCGGGAAGGGUUUCUUGUCCCAUGAGUGGAUUCUCGAUUUUUUUAAUGAAUCCUAACUAUUACCAUUUUCUAUUAUGGAGAUGUGUGUGUAGAAGAAACAGUAUAUUGAUAAAGAAAGUUUUUUCCGAAGUCAAAAGAGCGAUUAGGUUGAAAAAAUAAAGGAUUUCUAACCAUCUUAUUAUCCUAUAACACUAUAACAUAGACCAAUUAAAUGAAACGAAAAAAAAAAAAAGAGAUGAUAGAGAAUCCGUUGAGAAGUUUACCUGUAUCCAAGGUAUCUAUUCUAUUCUUACUAUAAUACUUUGUUUUAACUGUAUCGCACUAUGUAUCAUUUGAUAACCCUCAAAAUCUUCCAUCUUUGGUUCAAAUCGAAUUUCAAAUGGAAGAAAUCCAAAGAUAUUUACAGCCAGAUAGCUCGCAACAACACAACUUCCUAUAUCCACUUAUCUUUCAGGAGUAUAUUUAUGCACUUGCUCAUGAUCAUGGUUUAAAUAGAAAUAGGUCGAUUUUGUUGGAAAAUCCAGGUUAUAACAAUAAAUUUAGUUUCCUAAUUGUGAAACGUUUAAUUACUCGAAUGUAUCAACAGAAUCAUUUUCUUAUUUCUACUAAUGAUUCUAACAAAAAUCCAUUUUUGGGGUGCAACAAGAGUUUGUAUUCUCAAAUGAUAUCAGAGGGAUUUGCAUUUAUUGUGGAAAUUCCGUUUUCUCUACGAUUAAUAUCUUCUUUAUCUUCUUUCGAAGGCAAAAAGAUUUUCAAAUCUCAUAAUUUACGAUCAAUUCAUUCAACAUUUCCUUUUUUAGAGGACAAUUUUUCACAUCUAAAUUAUGUAUUAGAUAUACUAAUACCCUACCCCGUUCAUCUGGAAAUCUUGGUUCAAACUCUUCGCUAUUGGGUAAAAGAUGCCUCUUCUUUACAUUUAUUACGAUUCUUUCUCCACGAAUAUUGGAAUUUGAAUAGUCUUAUUACUUCAAAGAAGCCCGGUUACUCUUUUUCAAAAAAAAAUCAAAGAUUCUUCUUCUUCUUAUAUAAUUCUUAUGUAUAUGAAUGCGAAUCCACUUUCGUCUUCUACGGAACCAAUCUUCUCAUUUACGAUCAACAUCUUUUGGAGCCCUUCUUGAACGAAUCUAUUUUUAUGGAAAAAUAGAACGUCUUGUAGAAGUCUUUGCUAAGGAUUUUCAGGUUACCCUAUGGUUAUUCAAGGAUCCUUUCAUACAUUAUGUUAGGUAUCAAGGAAAAUCAAUUCUGGCUUCAAAAGGGACGUUUCUUUUGAUGAAUAAAUGGAAAUUUUACC